GGGGUCGCGCUGCCGCAGCCACAGGGCGCGGCCGGGCCGGGGGCCGGAGCGCAGCUUCGGGGACGGGGUGUCGGGGCGCCCCGCUCAGGUCCCCACGCGUGCCCGCGCUUCCCGACACCCAGUGGGGUUGCCCCCGGGCUCCGGAAGCUGCAGCCUCAACCAUGUUUUUCACUUGUGGCCCGAAUGAGGCCAUGGUGGUCUCCGGGUUCUGCAGGAGCCCCCCAGUCAUGGUGGCCGGAGGCCGCGUUUUUGUCCUGCCCUGCAUCCAACAAAUCCAGAGGAUCUCUCUCAACACACUGACGCUCAAUGUCAAGAGUGAGAAGGUUUAUACCCGGCACGGCGUCCCCAUCUCAGUGACGGGCAUUGCCCAGGUGAAGAUCCAGGGCCAGAACAAGGAGAUGCUGGCGGCCGCCUGCCAGAUGUUCCUGGGGAAGACGGAGGCCGAGAUUGCCCACAUUGCCCUGGAGACUCUGGAGGGCCACCAGAGGGCUAUCAUGGCCCACAUGACAGUAGAGGAGAUCUACAAGGAUAGGCAGAAGUUCUCAGAGCAGGUUUUCAAAGUGGCCUCCUCAGACCUGGUCAACAUGGGCAUCAGCGUGGUCAGCUACACUUUGAAGGACAUCCACGAUGACCAGGACUACUUGCACUCUUUGGGGAAGGCUCGCACGGCGCAAGUCCAGAAGGACGCUCGCAUCGGGGAAGCAGAGGCCAAGCGAGAUGCCGGGAUUCGGGAGGCUAAGGCCAAGCAGGAGAAGGUGUCCGCACAGUGCCUGAGCGAGAUAGAGAUGGCCAAGGCACAGAGGGACUAUGAGCUGAAGAAGGCGACCUACGACAUCGAGGUGAACACGCGCCGCGCCCAGGCGGAUCUGGCCUAUCAGCUGCAGGUGGCCAAGACCAAGCAGCAGAUCGAGGAGCAGCGGGUGCAGGUGCAGGUGGUGGAGCGCGCCCAGCAGGUGGCGCUGCAGGAGCAGGAGAUCGCCCGGCGGGAGCACGAGCUGGAGGCCCGUGUGCGCAGGCCCGCCGAGGCCGAGCGCUACCGGCUGGAGCGCCUGGCGGAGGCAGAGAAGGCCCAGCUGAUCAUGCAGGCAGAGGCCGAAGCCGAGUCUGUGCGGAUGCGCGGGGAAGCGGAGGCCUUUGCCAUCGGGGCCCGAGCUCGUGCUGAGGCCGAGCAGAUGGCUAAGAAGGCGGAAGCCUUCCAGAUGUACCAGGAGGCCGCCCAGCUGGACAUGCUGCUGGAGAAACUGCCCCAGGUGGCGGAAGAGAUCAGCCGUCCGCUGACCUCGGCCAACAAGAUCACGCUGGUGUCCAGCGGAGGCGGAACCAUGGGGGCAGCCAAAGUGACCGGGGAGGUACUGGACAUCCUAGGCCGCCUGCCGGAGAGCGUGGAGCGGCUCACGGGCGUCAGCAUCUCCCAGGUGAAUCACAACAAGCCUCUGAGGACAGCCUGAGCUCCCUGGAACCCUGGUCAUGGGGCUCGCUUGCAUGUGGCCCUGAGAGGGGGCCUUACCAUAUCUCCUUGCCAAAUAGUCUGUGCCUUGCCUUGGAGGGGUUUGAGCCCCUUCUCAGCCCGCUGCCAGUGUCCUGCACCAAGCUUCUGGUGAUCCUACUUCAGCCCAUCCCAACUAUUUAACUUCCUGAAUAAACUAGACUGCGUGAGCCUGUCA